AUGUUGCUGCUUGCCCUGAGCAAGGUUCUUGCCGUCGCGUCUCUUUGGAUCACCGCCGCGAUGGCGCACUACAUCACCCUGACAAAUACCUGCCCCCAGUUGCACUCUCAUGGUGUCAUCGGUGACGCCGACUGGCAUGGACUCUUCAAGCCCAUCAAUCCUCAGAUUGGGCGGGUCGACACCGUCAACGACACCACCUGUUAUCUGAACACUGGGUUUGGACUCGUCACCACCAAUAUCUUUCACGAUGCUUCAGACAUCACGGUCAGUCUCAACCCCAAUCUCACCGGUGUGCCCCCCAACGCCGUCUUCUUUGGCGAGCUGGGUAUCGACGUUGAUCAAACGGACUCGCAUGAUACGAUUCGGUGCAGCAGCAAGGACAGAGGCAUCUGCAACGGCGACGUUGGCAUUCCCAAUCGCGGGGGACAUCCUGCUUUCGCCAAGCUCACCAUAACUUGCUGA